GAGUUUUAACACUCGAUCAACACUAUUUUUCAAAAUAUAAUACACACAGAUCCACCCUGCAUUCUAUUUUAAUAAAGAGUAACGGUGUUUGGUGAUGUAAACUUGAACCAAUGAAACGAUUUUACUAAUUAAUACACACGAGUCUCCGCGUCUAGCUUGUUUGACGCCCCAGUAAACUAUCCUCAUUAUACCUUGGUCCCAUAUCGCACCGCCCAUCAUGGAGCCUCUCAACCGAAACUUUCAGAGUACGCCAGCCGAGCAGCAGCGUAUGCUCCCUAAGGAUGACUUUGACGCCCCUUUGCUACAACACUAUAGGAGACGCUCGCGGGCGAACAGAAUUGAGCCCCCCUUCCUAUGGGUUGAGUACGGGACAUUCGCCUUGCUCGGUAUGGCGAUGCUAUGGUCUUGGAACAUGUUUCUGGCCGCAUCGCCGUAUUUUCAGGAUCGCUUCCGGUCGAGCAAAUGGGUCUCUGAAAACUCACAAUCGGCCAUCAUAGCCGUCUCGACAUUUACGAAUCUAAGCGCUAUGAUUAUUCUAACUAAUACGCAGAGCACAGGAAACUAUUCUUCUAGGGUCUACUCGGGACUAUAUGUCAAUUUCUUUAUAUUCGCCCUCUUGACCGCAUCUACAACAGUCUUCCGGGACGUCUCGCCGAGCCAGUACCUAAGCUUCAUUCUGGCCAUGGCUGUCAGUUCUUCCUGGGCUUCUUGCUUGAUGCAAAACGGUGCCUUCGCUCUUGCGGCGAGCUUUGGUCGACCAGAGUAUAUUCAGGCUAUUAUGGCCGGCCAGGGUGUGGCGGGUGUACUUCCGGCCGCCGCUCAGAUUUUCUCGGUUCUCGUAACGCCCUCAGGGGAAACAAUCUCUGAUGGAGCACAGUUUUUGACUUUCGAUGCGGAGAUUUCGGCCUUUAUCUACUUCCUGACUGCCGUGGUCGUUUUUUGCCUCGUGCUGCUAGCCUUCGUCCUGCUGCAGAGGGAACACAGCCGGCGAGCCGGGCACCAAGCAGCAUCUACAGCUGGCCAACCUGACGGUGAGACUUUCGCUCACAGGCUGAUUGACCAGAUAAAUGUUCUUAAAAAGCUAUAUUGGUGCUCUGCCGCCAUUUUUACAUGCUUCGUCAUCGCCAUGUUCUUCCCUGUUCUGACACCCAAAGUUCUAUCUGUGACACCGCCGUCUGAGGCGAACCCGCUUCUGACUCCCGCAACGUUCAUUCCACUAGCUCUACUGUUCUGGAAUCUGGGGGACCUUGUCGGAAGGGCGAGCGCACUGUCACUGCCGUUCCAUGGCCCUCAGGCUCUGCUCUUCGCCCUGAGCGUUGCCAGGGUCCUGUUCCUGCCGCUGUACACGCUAUGUAACAUUCAUGGCAGGGGCGCAAUCAUUCCCAGCGAUCUAUUCUACUUACUCCUUGUCCAGUUCCCAUACGGACUGACAAACGGAUGGCUUGCGAGUAAUUGUAUAAUGACCGCCUGUGAGAGGGUCGACACAGACAAGAGAGAACUUGCUGGAGGGUUAAUGGUCUUGUGUCUCAUGUGUGGGCUCACAGUCGGGAGUCUUUUGAGUUUUACUGUGGCAGGGAUUUGAUCAGGGUGUGCAGUUUUGUAUGAAUGAACACGUAUUUACAGGCAUGUGGCUUGCAUGUAUAGGAUUCUGACUAUGAAGGUUUUUUUCACACGACUUCCGUUGGACAGGAACUAGAGAAUCCAGGCAAUUCUUUAUCAAUUUAUGAGAGACUGAUCUUGAGAAUUGCGUAAAUGGGGGUAGUGGUGGGUCUUUAUAUAUUAUUUUCUGUGUUUAGUAAUUAAGUGUAUGCUAGCCUCAGCCCAC